GCUUGCUUCCUGCUACCUCCACCCCCAAGUCUUCACACAAAUGGAGCCUCAAGGACUGGCAUUGGAGGCAAGCUGGAAGUCCUUUGAUCCAUUAAUGUCAGUGGAGGAGUCUGAAGUCAUGGCACAGCUAUUUUGUUCUAUGCAAGAUCAAGAUCCAAGCACUGGGAUCCAACACUUGCUUUGUUUUGAUCAUAACGCUAAUACUUUCCACUGUUCUGAUGAUUCUGGCUGCAAUCCGUACUAUUGGAAUCAAGGCACUUGCACGCCUGCUGCUGAUGAAGGCUACUACUUGCUCGAGCAAAUCGCCACCCCAUCCUUUCCGGUUGAAGUCAGCAGUGAUGAAGCUGUUGAAUCUAUUCCGAAACCUCAUCUUCCUGAUCCUCAUGCCUCGCAAGCCAUCAAGAGAGGGUUGCAUGUUGGUGACCAUGAAGUGCCCGCAAUGGUAGAAGAGGAUGACAACCAUAUGGGAAGUCUCAGGAAGAAGGCCCGAGCCAUGGCACCUGUGACCUCCAAGAAGGUUCAUAGAAGCGGUCGGUAUGCUGACGAGGAAGAGAGGAAUGGUGACAUGAAUCUUCACGGCUCCUGUUGUUACAGCUCGGAGGAUGACUCAAAUGGGUCUCAGGAGCUCAAGGGAGCAGGCGCCACGAGCUGCAGCUCGAAAGGGUCUGCGGCCAUGAAUCCAACCGAGAGGAAGACAAGAGCUGGUCGAGGGUCAGCAACCGAUCCACAGAGCCUCUAUGCCAGGAAGAGGAGGCAAAGGAUCAAUGAGAGGCUGAGGAUUUUGCAGAGUUUGAUUCCAAAUGGAACGAAAGUAGACAUCAGCACGAUGCUUGAAGAAGCAGUGAGGUAUGUGAAGUUCUUGCAGCUCCAAAUCAAGCUCUUGAGCUCCGAGGAGCUGUGGAUGUAUGCUCCCAUUGCUUACAAUGGCAUGAACCUUGGAUUCGACCUAAAGAUCUCUCCAGUCUCAGCAGUGACAUCCAAAUAAGAUCGGUUCUCGGUCAACUCUGGAACCCAAAGGGGGGAUGGAUGACUCUGGGACCAUGGUGUUCAUAACCUUCCUUUUCUUUAUCCUCAUCUUUGGAACUAUAUGUUCUGGCUCAGCAAAUGGGAUCUUCUUCUAUAGAGGUGAUGACGAGAACAUUGUUCUUUAGAUGUAAAAUCAAUACAAGUGCCUAAUUCGACUACAUAUACUCAAAAAUUCAUAUCAGAUAAUGAGUAAUAGAGAAAAAGAAAGAUGAGAAUGUUCAUCAUAAGAGCUCCAGUCAUAAAUACUUCGGUAUUUAUCUUGUAAUCCAAUGCAGAUACCACGUGUCACAAAUAAUUGAAUA